ACUCGAGUGCUCACUGUUCAGACUGCUCGACUGUCUCAAAUGGAGAGUGUCAAAAAACGGUUUUAAAAUUUGUUUUAGUAUUUUUUUAAUCAUUUUAGUUUAUUUUUUAUUCGUCAAAAUGUCUGUGUGUGUGCCCUCGCCCGACGCACAUUGGACCCUAAAAUUCAGAGAUUUUCGCAAACCCUUUCCAGCUAGUAAGGUGGCCAAUGCCACCUUUAAGGUCAUCCGCUUCUUGUAUCCACCCUUCGCCCUCGGUGGAACGGAUAUCAUCCCCGUGGUGGAUGAUCCCCAACUAGAUUUCGCUUUAAUUUUCCUGAUUUUUUGGAUUGCUUUGAUCCUUGGCCGUCUGUCCUAUGCGGCCUACAGAAUCAUGUUUUUGGUGCAACACUCGCCGGCCAGCAAAGUGCGGUCGAAGCGGCAGAGGGGAUUCUGGGACCGCUACGGUACCGAUGAUCCCUUGCUCGACCCGUGCAUGGCUGUCCACACAAACAGCACGAGUAUACUGCCACUUCUAGACCUGCACUGCCAUCAGGCAGAAGAGAAGAAAGAGCGAGUUGGAAACGUCUGGGUGGAGCAGCAGCCAGUUGCCAGUCCAAGGGUCGUGCCGAGUGGCAAGUAUACGAAGAGCAUCACGUGCCAAUUCCUCGAAAUUGAAGAAAAAACGGAAAUCGAUCUGACGGAACUUAUCGAGCGGAUCGACGAAACGGUGCAGCAGCGUAAAACAAAAAAAACCAGACGCAGCAAAAAUUGGCCGCAAAUUAAAUCAGUAAUAACUUUUGGGAAAUAAUUUCUGCGGCACAUCAUACAUUAUGCAAAA